UGAUGAUAUAAAAUUCUAAACGUCGAAUUUUUCUCCACAUUCAUCCGAAAUAUUACGUUGUGGUUAAAUCUCUGUUUGGUAUUCCAUUUUUGAUAUUUUACCCUACUGUGCGGAUACUUAGCAGAUCUACAAAUAUGCUCGAUGUACGAACAGGUUCCCACGGACCGUCCGCUCGCCGUCAGAUGGCGCAAAAGUGCAUACGUCGUUACGCUCGAAUGCAGAGGAAACACGCUUACAGAAGACUGAGGGAAAUAGUGCCGUCAGUGGCCAAAAAAGAAAAAGCGUCAAAGGUGACGAUAGUGGAAGAAGCUGUGAAAUACAUAGACAUUCUACACGAGAGGUUUAUGAAGAGGUUUAACAGUCCUGAUGACAUGGAUAGCGUUAAAAAGAUGGUUCUCACGUUAAUGCUGCAGAAAGAAUCAGAAGAUCGUUCGGUGACGUCACACGCACAACUUCCGGUUCCUCGUAAGACAGCGUCACAACGACCUGCGGAAGUUUCGGUUCAUAAACGAGCCCAUUAACAACGAGAUUUCCCAACGAAUCGAUUUCUACCAGAUAUCUGUCAAAGAUAUUGCCAUAACAGUGCCAUACUUCUAUUCUGCGACCGUCUACGAUGUGCCGCCGCGUGAUGGAAGAGUGAAAGUCUUCAGUGAAAAACUUUUACAAGUGUUGCAAUCAUCUGAUGACGCUCGUUUUAGACAUCAGUCCGAGUAACACAUCUCUUUCUGGAUGUAUCACAGACGAUGUGGGCAGAGGGAUGGAUGUUGAGCCAGAAUACUUUGUUAUAUGCAGAACACAUUGCUUCCGCCCUAAUAAUAUAUUUUACAUUCCAUAUCAACAGUCGCUUACAGUGAAAUUUACCCUACCCUUAGACAUCUUUGUCAAGAUGGUUUGGUUGUGUUAUAUUUAAAACAAAAAAAACUUUACGUGGUACAUAAAGGAACAGCAGUUGUUUUAUUUGGGACCAAACAUUUUAUUUUUAAUGGUUGGCCUACUGUUCCGUUUCCUGAACAAGAGAAUUAUAAUGUAUAUGCACUGCAUAGGCAUGCUGUGAUUUGAAAGAUUCUUGUCAGUUGAGAACGUAUAAAUAUUAAUGUCCGUGCUUCGUCCUAAGGGAUGUCACAGAAAUUAUUUCACGUUAGAAAGAUCGAAGGUAUACAGCGUUUUAAAUGGUUAUUAAGCUUUCUGUUGGAUUUUUCUUAGCAUGUUAUCUUUUUCAUAAUACGUUCUAUCAAAACUGCUUAAAGGCAUAUUGCCACAGACCACUGACCUAUUUAAUGAUCUAACAGAGUAUUAACUGAACAAGAAUAAUUUAAUUUGUCCCUAAAUGUACUUUAUUCAACCAUCUUCAUAACCACCAUACUCCAUUUAUUAAUGACAUUUAGUAAAAAAAUAAUUGAAUUAUGGCAAAAACUAAAAUUGCCGAGAGGG